AUGCGUAAAAUGAUGAAGCCAUACCCCCUACGCCUGCUCCCUGCGAUUUAUUGGUCCAGGGUGGAGAGGGUAUUUUUCGCAUUCGGUGGGAUACACAUGGAGAGAUUUGGAAAGCCGGCAACUACAUCGCAGUAUUGCUUUGACAUAGUUUCGAACCUUCUGCUUGAUAUGGAUUUUGGAUUCCAGAACGGUCAUCGUAAAGAUGGAGAGAGAUACUACUUAUAUUUCGGGCCUGAUUCUUUCGAAUAUUAUUACCCGUCCUCCCAGGACCCAUCGACUCCGAUCUCUCGGGUUAUAGGGGUGAACUGGCCAAGAGGUUCGUGGAUUUCCAACCUAUACGAAGCAUGGCACAUGUACAUGUAUGAUCACAAUACCGAGACGGACCAUGGCUGGUGUGCUGAGGGGGUUUCUGCAGGGGUAGCGCCCCAGUUGAAUCUCAUAGUAUGGUGCCCAUUUGGUAUGCAGUUGGAGCCCAGAUGGCUUCAUGUAGAAGUAAACCUAGGUGAUAGCUUAGACAAGCAAACGACUGGAAGCGGAAUUUGGCUACGUCAACUGGCCCAAUUAUACGGGAAAGAAAAAAUAAUGUUCGAAGGCCGCGAAGAGUUCAAAAUCGGAAUACAAGAGGCUGUCGAUUACGACGGACGUCCCUUGGGUGUGCCUGCAGUCGGCGUUCAGCACGCACUAAACCUGGCAAAGAAUUACCCUGAAAGGGCCUGCCGGAAUGCGGACAACAUUAGGUUCUUGAUCGAAGCCCUUGCCUAUAAAGAGCACAAUAAAAUGGACUUCUCGACGGGGGUGGCUAGAGAUAUGAAAGAUAUGCCAUUAGCUCAUGAGUUUAUAGCAUAA